CUUGAACCUGAAUGUUGGAAUUAUAAGCCCCUUAAUCUUGAAUCAACCUUUUAAAGUCGUUUAUAAAAGAACUCCACUUUCUCGUUCUCCAAAAAAUUCCUCCAUCUUUCUUUAGCAUCAAACAUAUUCUUUUCUCGAGCUUCCAGCAGGGGAAUCUACUUCACCUUAACGGCAUUUCAACUCCAGCAAGUCUAAGAUAAAACAUCCGAUGGAACACCUAACCGACGCAGAGUUUCAGCAGGAGAUACGGAAGCACCAGGAGCGGAUCCGCCAGCGCGACGCAGCCGGCCUCCGACCUCCUGGAACUAGCGCGUGGACCGGUCUGUCGCCAGCUGAUCGCGAAACAGCUUUUCAAAUCGUACGAGAGAUGGCAAGAAGACGUAGAUUACGAGGAGAACCGAAGCCCCCACGACCGACUAGAAUUUGUACCGAGGACGAUAUGAAUAUAGGCCAUGAUCAAAUUCACGCCAUUGCUGCUACUCGCCAGCAAGCUUAUGCACGACUUCAAGCUGCCCAAAAUGGAGGAGUCGGAGUUGGGUAUGGCUCCGAAAGACCUGGCAGCGGGAUUCAGGGAAGUGGAGGAGGCUAUGGAAGACGGCUCAGCGGUAGCCAAGCCGAGCUGCUUCGGAAGCAGUUGGACGUUAUGAACAGGCGCGGAUCUGGAAGUGGUGGUUCCCAAAGCGGCAAGUCUAAGAAGAGGAGCGAGUAUCCACCGGGUAGUGGAAGGGGAUGAUACUUAACGUGAAUGAAUUAGAAGGUUGAUGCAUGGCUUUCAAGUUUGUCAACGUAUGUUUGCGACUUUGAUGAUGAGGCAUGGUCUUUUUUCUAGAUAAUCAGCAUGGCUUUUCAAAUCAAUAGUAUCAGAUCAUCGAUGUGAUCUGAGCGAUCUGACACCUUAGUGAGUGUAUUCCCAAAUGA